AUGCAUCGUGAUGGCGGCCAGGGGCGGAGAGCGAGACGGUGUCUCAGUUCGGAGACACAGCGGAAAGGCUUUUUCCAUGUUAUUGUGCUGGGCUCCUCAGGCGGACCGCGAGAGGACAUAGUUUCAGCGCUGUUAGUUCGUUCGACGGCUACAAACUGGUCGGCAGGCUCUGUCAUAGCUAUAGACGCGGGCACGCUAUUAGCAGGGAUUAUGCGAACACUCGAUUCUUCCAAAUUCAUCAAAGAUGAGGAAUCAACGGACGUUAAAGUCCGGAUGGUUGACGGACCUUUUGCUGGACUUGGUCUCCCAAAUUCUACCUCCGGUGCCAAUGCAGCCUAUAUUUUCCGCGAGGUUAUUUCGACUGUAUUCAUCACGCAUCCUCAUUUGGACCAUCUCGCUGGCUUGGCCAUGAAUACCCCACUGGUGGAGACCCAAUCGAAUCCUAAAAUUGUCGCUGCUCUGCCACCAACCAUUGCUGCGAUAAAAAAUCACAUUUUUAACGAUAUUACGUGGCCUAACCUGUCUGAUGAGGAUGGUGGCGCAGGCUUGAUUUCUUAUCAUCGGCUAGUUGACGGAGGAAAUCCCAGGCUGGGUCGUGGGGACUGCCGUGGCUAUACUAGAGCAUGUGAUGGGAUACUUGCCAAAUGCCUAAGUGUUAGCCACGGCCGUUGUGCACAGCGUUUUCACCCGGAAACGGGCCAAUACCAUCGAGCUGAAAGCACUGUGUUCACUACGGAUUCUGGAUUCCUUCCGUCGAGGAGAGUAUCAAUAGACACUCAGGAUCUGGCUCGAGCAUGCACCCCAAAUCAUCAGGUACAGUGUGGGGUUAACCUCAACAGUAAAGACAGGGCCGUGGCAACUCUUGAGAGCUCUGCCUUCUUUCUCCGUGAUGAUCAUUCUGGAAAGGAAAUCAUCGUUUUCGGCGAUAUUGAACCCGAUAGCGUAGCCCUUGAACCCCGUAAUGAGAAGGUAUGGGAAAUCGCCGCCCCCAAAGUCGUCAACGGAUCCCUCCGGGCCAUCUUCAUCGAAUGCUCCUUCAUGGACUCGGUCGAGGACAGCUCUCUAUAUGGCCAUUUGUGCCCACGCCAUCUCAUUGCUGAACUAGAAGUCCUAGCCGGCAAGGUAUUAAAAGUCACAAAGCCAAAAUUCGGUGACAUGGCUACAGGACGAAAGCGCAAGCACGCAGGAGCCUCCUCAGGGGGCCCUGUCUCUGAUGAACCCAUCAGCCCCAAAACAGUCUCCAGCCCCCUCUCCCAAAGCCAAAGGACAACCUUCUCAUCCCGCUCGAAGCGGCGAACUCGCCGUUCUGGCUCCUGCGAUUCUCCGGCUGAAGCAACACUAAGGCCCGAUGACGACGGGCAAUCUUCAACACCACCGGCAACCGGAUCUCCCAUGGACGAUGAUCGCGGUGAUAACAGAGAUACCCUAGGGAUAAGCUCGAGAUCCACAAGAUCUGGUUCGGGCCAGAGACCGUUAGAUGGCCUUCGGGUUUACAUCAUCCAUGUCAAGGAUGCACUUGCGGAUGGGGCAUCACCGCGGGAGGUGAUAUUGGAGGAGCUGCGGGCACAUAACGAGGAUGCGGCGUUGGGAUGUGAAUUUUUUGCUCCGUUGUCUGGGGAGGACGUUUUUAUUUGA